UCCUCGCCCCUAUAGUGGAUUUGGAUGUGGGAUAGUGAUCCAGACUCCUGGACCAUACACCUCUGGCCCUUCUUCAUCCAGCAGGAGUAUCUUCUAGUGCGACACACACCGUCAGCUGGUUCACAGUGGCUACUACUGGGGAUGGGGGAUCCAGUGGAGGGCUCUCUUCUGUAUGAUGGUCAGAGACACUCUGGCAGGAACCACAGUGGAACCAUCGCAGAACCACACGGCACCCACGCAGAACCAGGACGGAACCCAGCAGCUUCCAGGGGAAACCCUAGAACACGUAGAACAGCAGAACCGCGUUCAAGAACAACAGAACCAACUCCUAGAACUCGAGAACUUCGAACUCUUAGGUCAAGAGAAUGAACUCUUAGAACAACAGAACCUACAACAUCAGAUCCAACUCUUAGAACUACAGAAUACGGUCCAGACCAGCACAGACAACCGGACCACACCUCCAGACAAGACCAGUUCUGGCGGUGCCCUCCAUCCCUGGUGGCCUCAACAGAGCAGCUUUAAAGCGACUAGACCCAGUGUCCCUCUCCCCUGGCCAAGCCCCAGUGUCCCUCCCCCCUGGCCAAGCCCCAGUGUCCCUCUCCCCUGGCCAAGCCCCAGUGUCCCUCUCCCCUGCCUCGGACCUCUUCUCCACUUGCCCGAUCCGAUCCCAGACUCCUGGACCACACAUCUCCGGCCGUUCUUCAGCCAGCAGGAGUAUCUUCUAGUGCGACACACACACCGUCAGCUGGUUCACAGUGGCUACUACUGGGGCCCUAUGGAGAUGGAGGAGGCCCACCGCACCCUGCUACACACACCGCCUGGGAGCUUCCUCAUCAGGGACAGCAGGCAGCCGGACGUCUUCUUCACCCUCAGUUACCACGGCGACCGGGGGCCCGUCAGUGUCCGCGUCCUCCUGACCAGUCAGAGUUUCCGCCUCAACGGCAGUAACAAGGCCUUUGAUUCAUUGUUCGCCUUGCUGCGGUUCUACGUGGAGUCAUCCCAUAGGCGGCUGCGGAGGGCGUGGCGCAGGGAGCGACCCAUGACCUUACAGCAGCUGUGUAGGGGACGAAUCGUGGAGUUGUACGGAGCGGAGAGGAUAGAUUCACUACCUGGGCUUAACCAGGUGGUCAUACAGUAUCUACAGGACUAUCCUUAUAGUAUAUAGACACACCCUCCUACCGGAGAGUUUGGGGGACCUCUUCCGUUCCAACAGACUGCAACUUUCGGAACGGUACUGACCGAAACUACAAUGGAAUGGAGCCCCAGGAAACGGAAUUGGAAUUUGCUGUUUCUUACACUCUCUGUCUCUGGUCUGGUUCUGUGGUUCUGUCUCUGGUCUGGUUCUGUGGUUCUGUCUCUGGUCUGGUUCUGUGGUUCUGUCUCUGGUCUGUGGUUCUUAUCUGUGUGGUUCUGUCUCUGGUUUGUGGUUCUUAUCUGUGUGGUUCUGUCUCUGGUUUGUGGUUCUUAUCUGUGUAGUUCUGUCUCUGGUCUGGUUCUGUGGUUCUGGUCUCUCUGUGAUUCUGUCUCUUGGGCCAGUUCUAGGCUGGUCAUGUCAUGUACUGUAGUUCUGGUCUGUGGUUCUGAAGGUUCAGUGGGUUGGUUUCCCAAACCUUAUUCUAAAAUGGAUUUAAAAAAUGUUUCUCUCAUCAAUCUACACACAAUACCCCAUAAUGACAUCACAAUACCCCAUAAUGACAUCACAAUACCCCAUAAUGACAUCACAAUACCCCAUAAUGACAUCACAAUACCCCAUAAUGACAUCACAAUACCCAUAAUGACAUCUCAAUAACCCAUAAUGACAUCACAAUACCACAUAAUGACAUCACAAUACCCCAUAAUGACAAAGCGAAAAAAGGUUUUUAGAAUUUUGGGCAAAAAAAUAAAACAGAUACCUUAUUUA